AUGGGAAGAUCUCCUUGCUGUGAAAAGGCUCACACCAACAAAGGAGCUUGGACCAAAGAAGAAGACGAUCGCCUCAUUGCCUACAUCAGAGCCCAUGGCGAAGGCUGCUGGCGCUCACUCCCCAAAGCUGCUGGUCUCCUUAGAUGUGGGAAGAGUUGCAGGCUGCGUUGGAUCAAUUACCUUAGACCUGAUCUCAAACGUGGCAAUUUCACUGAAGAAGAAGAUGAGCUCAUCAUCAAACUCCAUAGCCUCCUCGGAAACAAAUGGUCUUUGAUAGCUGGAAGACUACCUGGAAGAACAGACAAUGAGAUAAAGAACUACUGGAACACCCACAUAAGAAGGAAACUUUUGACCAGAGGUAUCGACCCUACAACUCACAGAGCACUCAAUGAGACAGCUCAGGAUUCUGCUACCACCACAAUUUCUUUUGCAGCUUCUGCUAAUAUCAAAGAAGAAGAUCAAAAAAGCAGCAUUAUUAAUGGGCUUCUGGGCAAAGACUCAAAAAAACCAGUUCAAGAAAGGUGCCCAGACUUGAACCUUGAGCUCCAAAUCAGCCCUCCUUGCCAGCCACAACAACCCAGUGAUCCUUUGAAGAGUGGAGGGAGGGGCGUUUGCUUUUCUUGCAGUUUGGGGCUUCAAGAUGCAAAGAAUUGCAGCUGUGGAAUUGACACUAUUGGCAGCAGCACCACCAGUGGCACCACCAAUGUUGGUUAUGAUUUCUUGGGCUUGAAAAGUGGGGUUUUGGAUUACAGAAGCUUGGAGAUGAAAUGA